AUGAAGAAGGGAUUCCACAUUUUGUGUUCACUCUAUACAUUUUUACAGAUGGUUAUUUCUGACACAGGUUAUUUCUGGCAUAUAACCGACAUUCAUUAUGACUUUACUUAUCACGGUCGACAACUAUCCUGCAAUAAGACGAAUUUACCGGACAACGUGGGUCAGUUUGGGGAUUUCUGGUGUGACUCACCAUGGUUACUUGUAAACAGCAGUGUUCGAGUAAUGGCUGACAUCAAAUCUGAUGUGGAUUUUGUCCUUUGGACAGGAGAUACAGUUCUACAUGCCAAAAACGAAGAUCUUAGUUAUGACAUUAACGCCGGUAUUCUUGACAACGUUACUGACGUCAUUAAGACAAUGUUACCAAGUGUGCCCGUGUAUGCGACGUUUGGUAACCAUGACUACUUCCCAUAUAACCAAUUUCCACCUUACAAUAAUCUGCUGUAUAACGACACCCUUGAUAGAUGGGGGUCAUGGCUAAAUGACCUUUCUCAACAAGACAAUUUCAGAAAAGGGGCGUACUAUACACAAAAGACACGUUCUGGACUCCGGAUAGUUGGUUUGAACACUAAUUUGUACUAUACACCAAACAAGGCUAUACUCAAUUAUACAGACCCAGCCGACCAGAUUGCCUGGCUUAAUUCUUCUCUUUCACAAGCUCGCCAAAACAAGGAAAAGGUGUUGGUAACAGCUCAUAUUCCCCCAGGGGUGUACACACCCGACGGUGUUAUUUGGAUGCAUCUAAUCUACCACGAACCUCUUAUCUCGGUUCUACGGGAAUUUACAGAUAUUAUCGUCGCCAUGCACUUCGGACAUGAUCAUGCAGAUGGGUUUAAAAUUUUGAAAAAUGAGAAAGGUAAGACAGCUGUACCUAUUUUCGUUGCCCCGUCAGUUACUCCUUCACGUAACCCAGCUAUCCGACUCAUAAAGUAUGACAGGUCAACAGGCGUCCAUCUUGAAAUUGAACAAUAUUACCUUGACCUUUUAAAGGCAAACAAAAAUGGAGCCGCCAUGUGGGAGUUAGAAUACAAGACCAGUUCACACUACGGACUUGACAGACUCACUGCAGCUGACUUAUCUAAUCUUGCAGAGAAAAUGAAGGAAGCAUCGAGUAACGAGUUUAAGAAUUAUUGGAAGUUUAACAGAGUUACUCCCCCUAAAAAUCUUGCCGAGGCAUGCAAUGAUGAAUGCCACUCUUCUAUUAUUUGUGGCUUCACAGAAUUUGAUAUGGACAAUUUCAAAUCAUGCAAAGCCAGUAUGGUUUCAAAAGCAUCUAAGCCUUCAAAUUUCAUUGCAGAUGUCUUGAUCAAACUUGUUGCUGUCAGUGUUUUAUACAGUAGUGCUUAAUUCUUAUACAAAUUCAUCGGACAACUUUAUUGGA